UUGCUCAGAUCGAUGGCUAGAACCAUCGUUAUUCCAUCUUAAUGCUUACUACAGUACUACUACUGGUGUUGUACUACCAUUCAUUCCCACGGAUUCCGCUCAACGCCCAACCGCGGAAUGGUUGGUGGGUAUUACUUACUAUCUACUAUCGGCACCCGCAGGAAAUUUCCUCCCACGUUAAUUUUGUUUCUUUUAUUGGACUACUAUCAUGUACGCUUAUCAGUGGGCGGGUGUCUCUUCCUGCCUCCUGGUCCCAAUGUCACGAUCAUCUUCUCUCUGUCCCAAGGAUCAUUGUAAUGAACGGAUGUAUCAGGACCUGGAGCAAAUUACUAUUUGUUUUCUUCUCUCUCUCAUAAAUUGCAUUUUUCUCCAUCCUUUCCCGAACAUCAUUUACUUUACCCAAUUCCAUCUAAACCUGUGCCAUGGCUCUGCAAAUUUUUUAUUUUUAUCUCGGAUCUUGGCGUUGGUACUAACCAAGAGAUGCCGUCGGACAUGGGCAAUGGGUCCAGAUUUGAUUUAUGGAGUCAGUCCCCUCCUAACAACGUGGCGCGCACGUCCGUUAGAGACUAAACGGGUCUGGUCGAAUCUAGACUUCUUUUUAUGUCUCACAUUGUCCGUAGUUCGGUGGACUUGUGUUGGGGGGGGGGGGGCUUUAGUGUGGAAACGAUGGCCCCGAGCUCGAGUCGAGUCCAAGACACUAUUCCAUCCAUCUCGAUGCGUUUUGGUGAUGCCACAUGUAAUGUAGGUAUUUGCCUGCUUAGGUGUUUUAGUGGUGGAUGGGUAUCAUAGUGAGCAUGCGAACCACUUAGCAAAGCAGCGUGAAAUGAUGGUAGUAGUAAAAUAUUGGUGGUUAGAUGUCGUAAAAAAAGCACUUAUGCAUGCAUGUAUGCACGCACACAGAGAUUGUAAGUACUCUGUCUGCCUG